AUGUCUUUCGUUGUAAGGCCUUCCCCAGAGACGGGGCCACUCUUAGAUGAGAGAGAGGCUCCUCGGUCAUCUGGGACUCGAGGCUACGAUGUGAUCAUCCGAACGAACAUCCAGACCAUCAGAAGCAACCUGCAGAGCAAAACGUCGAUGGCUGGAGGAGCAGCAGCAAGCGGAGGGGAGACAACAAAAUACAGCGGAGAGACAAAAAGAGAAAUUUCUUUUUGA